GAGUGGGCAGGUCGCUGGGUGCCGCGCCACAGGCUUGAGUCCCGGAGACGUAGCGAGAAGCGGCUCUUUCACACGGCCGGAGGUUUUCCAGGCGCGGGAAUGGAUGUCCCGGACCCUCCCCAUGGCAGCAUGGGGUCGCUGAGGACCUUCGACUCGGCCGAGUUCGGCAGCUGGGAAAAGAUCGGCUCAGGCGGCUUCGGACAAGUGUACAAGGUCCGGCACGUUCGGUGGAAAACAUGGCUGGCCAUCAAGUGCCCCCCCUGCCUUCACCUGGACGACAAGGAAUGUGCAGAGCUGCUGGAGGAGGCAAAGAAGAUGGAGGCAGCCAAGUUUCGUUACAUCCUUCCUGUUUAUGGGAUCUGUGGGGACCCGCAGGGCCUGGUGAUGGAGUACAUGGAGACGGGCUCUCUGGAGACCCUGCUGGCCACAGAGCCGCUGCCCUGGGAGCUUCGGUUCCGUAUCAUCCAUGAGACGGCGGUGGGCAUGAACUUCCUGCACUGUAUGAACCCACCCCUGCUCCACCUGGACCUGAAGCCAGCCAACAUCCUACUGGAUGCACACUACCACGUGAAGAUAUCAGAUUUUGGUCUGGCACGGUGGAACGGCCUGUCGCGGGCUGAUGACAUCAGCAGAGACGGUUUUUGCGGCACCAUUGCAUACCUGCCCCCGGAGAGCAUCAUCGAGAAGGACAGGGUGUCCGACACCAAGCACGAUGUCUACAGCUUUUCCAUUGUUAUUUGGGGGAUUCUCACCCAGAAGAAACCCUACCAAGGAGAGAAUAACAUCCUCCAGAUAAUGGUGAAGGUGGUUAAAGGGAUCCGUCCUGACCUGGGGGCUGUACCGCGCUAUCGACCCUCCACCUGCACUGGGUUUCUGGGCCUCAUGCAGCGCUGCUGGGCCACCGUCCCUGAGGCCAGACCCUCCUUCCAGGAGAUCACAUCUGAAGCCGAGGAGCUUUGCUCUAAACCUCAGGAGGAGCCCAAGACUCCCACCCCGGAGCAAGAGCCCGCCCACUGUAAUGGACUCACAACUGACCAGGCUAAAGACAACAAACCGGUGCGGCCGAAGUCGGCCAUGUUGCCAGAAAAAGACUACAGCCUGUCAGAGCUGCUGAGCCAAGUGGAUUCUGGGAUCUCGAGGAGUUUUGACCGUGUGAAGGAGGACUCCUGCCCCAGCAAAGAAAACACCAGCAAGAGGCUGUCUGGGAUCUCCUCCGUUGAUUCAGCCUUCUCCUCCCAGGACUCCAUCACCCUUUCCUUUGAGAAAGAAAACACAUGUGAUUCAGCAGAGGUCCAGAAGCGCAAACUGUGUGAGGCCAUUAGGAACAAGGACAUUGCCAAGCUGAUGAAGAUUCUCCAGCCUCAGGAUGUGGACCUUCUGCUGGAUGGAGGAGGCAGCCUGCUCCACCAUGCUGUCAGCCUGGGCAAUGAGGAAGCCGUCAAGUUCCUCCUCCUCAACAACGCCAAUCCCAACCUGGCCAAUGACCGCAGCUCCACACCAUUGCACCUGGCCACGGAGAAGCACCUGAAGGCCCUAGCAGAGCUUCUGCUGGGUAGGCGAAGCACCAAUGUCAAUGCCAAGGACGAGGACCAGUACACAGCCUUACACUGGGCUGCCCAGAAUGGAGAUGAAGCUAUCACCCGCCUGCUGCUGGACCGAGGGGCUGCCAUCAAUGAGACAGAAGGCCAGGGCCGCACACCAGCCCAUGUCGCCUGCCAGCAUGGCCAGGAAAAUGUAGUCCGGGUGCUGUUGAGCCGUGGAGCUGAUGUUCGGGUCAAAGGCAAGGACAAUUGGACCGCACUCCACCUGGCUGCCUGGCAGGGGCAUCUGGGCAUUGUCAAACUGCUCAUCAAGCAGGCUGGUGCAGAUGUGGACGGGCAGACGACAGAUGGGCGCACGCCAUUGCACCUGGCAUCCCAGAGGGGGCAGUAUAGGGUUGCACGAAUCCUGAUUGAAUUAGGAGCAGAUGUUCAUAUGACGUCAAUGGGAUUAAACACUCCCCUGCACGUGGCGGCUGAAACGGGUCACACCAGCACCUCUCGUUUGUUGGUCAAACACCGGGCGGAUAUCCAGGCCCAGAAUGCCCAAGGUCUCACCGCCCUCCACCUUGCUGCCCAGCGAGGCCACCUCCCCACUGUCAAGAUGCUGAUAGAGGAGGGGGCAGACCCCUACAGCACCACCCAGGCCCGCCGUACGCCCUGCCACCUGGCGGCAGAGAGCGGACACUGUGAUAUCAUGAAAGAGCUCCUCCUUCACUGCCCGGAUGGCGGCAGUUUAUCAGAUGAGCAGGGCCUCAAUCCUUUUCACUUGGCAGUUCAGGGAAGUUACACAGACAUCAUUACUUUGCUGCUGCCAGAGGGGGUAAAACUACCGCAGGACUGGCAGGACUCCAGUAACAAGAGAACAGCGCAACCAGUAGACGAAGACAGCGCCAAGCCACAGGUGACCAAACGGCUCCAGAGGAAAGUUGUCAUCCUCAAACUGACGGAAUGCGACCACAAAGACUCUCCGGAUUCUGCCCACUCACAGUGCUCUUCAGCACCCUGUUAAAAGACUAAAAAGACAUUGGUCACAUUGUACAGAACUGUCUCAAACCUUCUGGAAGAAAACUGCCCCGGUUUCUUAGUGACUCUGGGGCACUAUUCCAGACUAAUGGCUGGCUGUGUUUUAGAUGUUUGUAAAUAUUAAUAUUGUGCUACUACAGCAGCCAGCAGACGUUUACUGCCAGUUUUUACGGUGCAGUGGUGUUAGAGGCAUGUAGCAGUCCUCUCAACACUAGUAUUUCCUAAGUGAUGUAUGUAAAUUUUUACAUUGUAAAUAGAAAGUGUGAAUGGCCAAUAUCCAGCAGCCAGUAUCUCGUUAUUUUGUUUCAGUUUAGACCCCUUGUGUUUUUAUGUUGUUCCUCUACCUGACAAGCACAUGUUUGGUGACCAGGAUGUAAUUAGUGUGUGUGUGUGUGGGGAGGGGGGGGGGUCUAAGACCCGAGAGCUUUUCCCACAACGUAGGCUACUUUAGCUAGAACGCCCAGAAGUUACAUUCACAACAAUACGAUUCAGACAAGACUCGGUCAUAAGGACGUGUUGAAUGUGGGUGUUGUUGAUUAUCAGAACCACAAAACCCGCCACAACCUUGAACCUUUAGUGCGCUUUAUCGUCUAAACAUUGGUGCCGCAUUGUCACUACGUACAUGCUAUUUCUCACAUGGACAGCGAAGAAAAGGAUCUUCAAAAGUUGACUUUUUGCAGCUAGUCUGGUUC